GCCGAGUGCAGUCCAGUGAUUGGCCAGUUCGUGACACAGGAAGUGCGGAUGUAAACACGGGACGCUACUUUGUUUCUAUGGUAAUAGUUUGUGUCCUGCUGCAGCAUGCGUCGUGUUGUAAAUCAUAAACAUAGUAUUUAGGACUACAAUUGAUUCACGGAGCCCACAUUAUAAAGUAACUGCUACGGUUAAGUUUAACAUCCAGGGAAAAGCCGUAAUAACUGGUUAACCAUGGAUUAGUUUGCUGGCUACUCAUGGCUUCUAGCACAAACGUGUCUUUCAGUAAAGUGCAGGUAAUGUGAGGCGCGAGGAUGGCUGAGAUGGUGCUGGGUGUCGGUACAGGCGUGUUCAUCGUCGCUUUAAUCUGGAUCGUAACUCUCGCGCUCAGUAUUAUUCUGUCGCGUGCAACCGGUCAAACAAUGUUAGGGAUCAUCCUUUUAUUUCUUCUGGCGCUCACCAUCACACUGGUCUUGGUGUUCUUCCCGCGUGCCACUGAAGUUCCUUCCGCUGAAAGAGAAGUUGAGAUAGUGGAUACGUUCUUCAUCGGCCGGUACGUGCUGCUGUCCUUGGUGAGCGUUGUGUUCUUGGCAGGCCUUUUCAUGUUGCUGCCCUUACAUUUCCUGGAGCCCGUGUACGCCAAGCCCUUGAGAACACACUAGACCAUGAGCCUACAUGUGCCAAACUCUUAUAGAUGCCCCAAAGCAGGGCAGCCAGCCUGGCAGCGGCAUCGAUCAGUGGCCCUGCUUGAGAUGAGAGGGACCAGCAGCGGGUUCCAAAGCUUUUGUCCUCCUGCCCUAAUCAGACAUGUCCACAUCUCUUCGAGAACCUAAGAGCCUGGCACAGAGGGGUCGGAGUAGAGCGUAUUCAAUGGCAGUUUUUUUUCCAAAGGAUAUGGUCGGGUAAUUUUAUUGUCCAAUUUUAAUACGUAUUGAUGUAAAUUGGUAUAAAUGUAUACUGCUCAUAUUUGUACAUACAAUUUUUUCAGAGGUGUUGCACUGUUUGCAAUUUUGUUGUAAUGAAGUGUUUUUUUACAAUACAUUAAAACAAUUUAUUUUUGAGGCAAACGUCCAGAUUUUUUA